AUGUGCCUCUUGAUCCUCAAGUGCCGCCUUGUCAGCCAAAUCACCGUUACACAUUACAUAUUACACGUCACACGUUACAUGUUACACAUUUCACAUCACACAUCACACGUUACAUAUUACACAUCACACGUUACACAUCACACAUUACACAUUUCACAUUACACAUGUCACAUUACGCAUCUCAUGUUACACAUUUUACAUUACACAUUACACAUCACACGUUACACAUUACACAUUUCACAUUACACAUCACACAUUACACAUCACACAUUACACAUCACACAUCACACAUCUCACAUCACACAUUUCACAUUACACAUUUCACAUUACACAUCACAUAUCACACAUCACACAUCACACGUUACACAUUACACAUUUCACAUUACACAUCUCAUGUUACACAUUUCACAUUACACAUUACACAUCACACAUCACGUGUUACACAUUACACAUUUCACAUUACACAUUACACAUCACGCAUCACACAUCACACGUUACACAUCACACGUUAAACAUUAAACAUUACACAUUACACAUUACACAUCACACAUUACACAUUACACAUCACACGUCACACCUCUCGGGCUGAGCGGCUGGGGAAUGGUACCCGUGCUGCCACGUUAUAAGGGCUUGGAGUAUGCCUAG